AUGAAAAGCAAGUUUCUUUUGGCUUUGGCUUUGCUACUCUUGGGAAUUCUCUAUUGUGAAGCAAACUAUUACAACACAUAUGAUUAUUUGGAACUAGCCUUGAGGUGGCCAAACUCCUAUUGCUCCAUACAUGAAGGCACUUGCAGGGACACAGUGCCCCAACAUUUCACUAUUAGCUACCUUCACCCCAUGAAAAGGGGAGGGCCUGAUCUGAAAUAUUGUCCAACACCAUAUCCUCUACCAAAUAGCACUAUCGAGGCAAACAAAAAUAACCUGCUCAGGUUCUGGCCUGAUUUGACAACUGAUAAUUUUCUAGAUAGCCAGACAUUGUGGAAAGACCAGUGGAAAAUGUACGGAUCGUGCUCUAAUAUGAGGCCAGAUGAUUAUAUUGCGUACGCACUCAACAGCAUAAAGAGAAAUGAUCUAAAGAAAAUCUUGGCAAAUGCAGGUAUUGUUCCCAGUGGAGUUCAGUAUCCACCAGAUAGAAUAUUGAAUGUUUUCAGGACAGCUCUUGGUGUCAACGUGGACAUAGUUUGUGAGACAGAUACAAAUGGGAACACUUAUCUAGCAGAGGUCCAUCAAUGUGUUGAUUACUAUGGAACAACCCCCAUAGACUGUUACCAUAAGGCAAAAGGAUGUGAUGAUAACCCCAUCUUUCCUUAUCCGGGAUUCGGAGAAGAAAGUCCUAAUUAA